UCUUAGGGGCAAAUAGGGAAGUAGUAGGGCAGGCACCAAUCGGCGACAGAUCAAACACGGAACUGUGAAAGUAAUAGCACUGUCGACUGCACAAAGGAUCUGCACGUUUUAAAAGUGUUUAUCUGUAUCCUACUCAUGAGGAUGAAGCUUCCCACUUCAACUUUGCCUUGAAAGUAGAAGAUCUGGCUGUUGAGGUUGAUUGAAUAUGCAAUGUUUUUCAGAGGAACAGUGUUUGACAUUUUGAGAUGCAUGAUGUGGAAUUCAAAAAUGAACUCCUGCAUCCCAGUGACCUGCUUGGCAAGGGAAGACUAUUGAAGGAUGCUUCUGCAACCAUGGAUACAGUGCUCCAGCCUGGGUUGCAUCGAGUGUCAUUAGUAGCAACACACUCAUUUACUAAGUUGCUGAAGUUGCAUCGAGAGGUCUUAGUUGGUUGUAUCAAGAACACAGAGUGUGUGCUGAAUAACCUGAUAAAACAUGAAUACAUUUCCACUGAAGAGGCUGAGAUGUCCCAACAGCAUCCUACGCAAGCAGCAAAGGUUCGAAAAAUAUUGGAUCUGGUUGAGAGCAAAGGAGAAGAAACAGCAGAGUAUUUCCUACACAUCCUGUACCAGGCCAGGGAGAUUUACACUGACCUUAGCCCAUGGCUGAAAGAAAUAGAGUAUCAACCAUCAGAAUACGUACUGGGCAAAUCAGUCAUUAUCACAGAUGCUGUCUGUCAGUACAUUCAGAAGAUUAAACAUGAUCUACGGCAGGACACAAAGUUCGUCACAUCGUACGUCCAGAAAGAAGACAUCUUACUGGAUGAUACUUACACUGAGACUCUUAUGGAACUAAUCAAUGGAGUCAAUGAAACCAAAGGAACUAUUUCCAACUUGGAGGAUUUGUUCAGUGACACAGGCAUCAUCAAUGAGGAUGCAGAGACAGUGUUUGUAACUGGUGAUGCUGGGGUUGGUAAGACCAUCCUGCUCCAGAGACUUCAGAACCUGUGGUCCAAAGGAGAGCUCUGUGCUGAUAUUAAAUUCUUCUUCAAAUUUAGAUGCCGAAUAUUCAAUAGCUUUAGAGAGGAAGAUAAAUUUUCUCUCAGAGAUUUACUGUUCAAAUACAACUGUUACCCUGACAAAGACGCUGAUGAGAUAUUUAGUUACAUCCGACAACACCCAGAGUCCGUUCUCUUCACACUGGACGGGUUUGAUGAGAUUAGUGUUGAUUGUGACCUGAGUGAUAUCCCUGAUGUCUCUUCACCCUUUGACCCCACACAUCCGGUCACUCUGUUGAUGAAUCUUCUCCGAGGAAAGUUAUUAAAAGGUUCCAAAAAAUUAUUGACAGCAAGAACUGGAACAAACCUGCCAUUGAGAAUGGUGAGAAAGAGAGUGACACUAAAGGGCUUUACAAAGGAUAAUUUACUGCAAUAUUUGAAGAAGUUCUUCAAAAACCAACCCCAUCAAACUUUGGUUUUGACCCAGCUGGAGGCAAAUCCCCAUCUGUGUAGUUUAUGUUCAGUGCCAUUGUUCUGCUGGAUUAUAUUUAAAUGCUACAAGCACUUACAGUCAGAAUGUAACUCCCAGCAAAUAUUGGAUUAUGUAACAUUGACUGACAUCUACCUGUUGAUGUUGGAGGUUUUCCUAAACCGUUCUUCCAAAACGGGGUUGAACAAAAGAAACAAAAGUCAAAGUGAGACAUUCAAAGCAAAGCAGGAUUCUCUAAUGAGUUUGGGAAAAUUGGCAAAAGAGGGAAUUGAAAGCAAUAACUUUAUCUUUAGUCAGGAGCAAAUUGCAGCAGCUGGCAUCUCAGAGGAGGAUUUACAGUUGGGUUUUGUCAAGAGUGCAGGCCACUAUGAUGGAUGUGGGAACCAAUCCACUUAUGAAUUCCUUCAUCUGACCCUCCAGUCAUUUUUCACUGCACUUUUCCUAGUUGUUAAUGAGAGAAUUAGUGCGAAGGAAAUCAUUACGUUUUUUGCAAAAUGUGAUCACUACUUGACUGGAGCUCGAGCCAGUGUUGUUUUCUUGAGAUGUUUGGGCUAUAAGUCAUGUCACAGAAAGGUCCCAUUUGAAACAAAUGAACAUCUGCAGUUCACCACACUUUUCCUCUGUGGCCUGUUGUGUAAAACUAAGAGGGACUUAUUCAAACAUUUAUCUUCCACAGGAAGUGUCCAAAGAAAGCGGUCAGCACUCAAGGCCUACCUUGCUGACUGUGUAAAGUCACACUUAAAAAAUCUUCCUCAAGCGCCAUUUGAAGAAUUUUGUAGGGUGCAAGUCUUGCCCCGAUUUGUCUGGUUGAUGCGCUACAUUUUUGAAACCCAGAGUGAAGCUGUAGCCAGUCUUGCAGCAAAGGGGAUUUGCGCGGAUUAUAUCAAGCUCACUUUCUGCAAUGCCUUCUCUGCCGACUGCAGUGCAAUUGCAAACAUAUUACGUCAUCGUAAAAAAUCAAUUGCACUUGAACUGGACAACAAUAAUAUCAAUGAUUAUGGAGUGAAGGAAUUAAUUCCUUGUUUCAAUAAACUCACGGUAGUUAGGUAUGUUUUCAAAUAUUUUCCUCCCGUUUGUCAUGAAAAUAUCUAACUCCCUGUCUCAAUGUAUUUGUGUCAUAUACAUAGAAAGGCAAGGAAGAAAGGCAUUUGAUUUAUACCUUUCAGAGUGUCCUCAAUGGUUUCAUAGCCAAUGAAGUAGUUUUGAAAUAUAGCCAUUGUUGUAAUGUAGGAAAAUGUGGCAGUUGAUUUGCACAGGUAAAAUGCCCACAAGCAAUAAUGUGCUAAUUACUAGAAAGUCUUUUAAAAUAAUGGUUGUAGGAGCCAUGACACUGAAAAGAGUUAGCCUGGUUUUCAUUAAAGCAGUGCAAUUGUAUCUUUUGUGUUCAUCUGACAGACAAAACCUUGGACAGCUCAGUAUUCUA